GCGUCACCCCGCGUGCGCAUCGCCGCCGGAGCUUCCUCGAGCAGCGCCACGUUCGUAUUUCAUUCACUUGUCCGACCUUCUCCGCCUCGUCCUGCUCCUCUGUGAUGGAGACUCCACUCGGGGAUUAUUUAAACAACAACGUCGCGUUGCAGAGAAACUGCUUGACGAAUAUUUGGAGAUGAAUGAUCUGAAUCUGGAGGAUUCAUCCCCGAAGUGGCGCAUUCCGUAGACAGUGAGAUUGAGUCCUGUUGCAGGUGAGAUGAGUCAGCUAGGUAUCAUGGACUCCUGGAUCUUCGCAUCGUCCCCUCCCAACCUGUCGGAGCACCUCGUGUACGACAGCUUCGUGCCGGGCAACGAGUCCGACCUCCGUGGAAACGACACAGACCACAGCUUCAAUAAAACCAGCACGGUGGUCAUCACCUGCAUGUACUUUCUGGUCUGCACUGUGGGACUCUGCGGGAACACUCUGGUCAUCUAUGUGAUCCUGCGCUAUGCCAAGAUGAAGACCGUGACCAACAUCUACAUCCUCAACCUGGCCGUGGCCGACGUGCUGUUCAUGCUCGGCCUGCCGUUCAUCGCCAUCCAGCUGGCGCUGGUCCACUGGCCGUUCGGCCCCGUGCUCUGCAGGGUGGUGAUGACCGUCGACUCCCUGAACCAGUUCACGUCCAUCUUCUGCCUGAUGGUCAUGAGCAUCGACCGCUACCUGGCUGUGGUGCAUCCCAUCAAGUCCACAAAGUGGCGCAAGCCGCGCAUGGCCAAGACGAUUAACUUAGCGGUGUGGGGGUCGUCGCUGAUGGUGAACCUGCCCAUCGUUAUUUACAGCGGAGUCAUCACAAAGCACGACGGCUGCUUCUGCACCAUCGUGUGGCCGGAGCCCCAGGAGGCCUAUUACACGGCGUUCAUGUUCUACACCUUCACCCUGGGCUUCUUCCUGCCCCUCAUGGUCAUCUGCCUUUGCUACUUGUUCAUCAUCUUUAAGGUGAAGUCCUCGGGCAUCCGUGUGGGCUCCUCCAAGAGGAAGCGCUCGGAGAGGAAGGUGACUCGGAUGGUGUCCAUUGUGGUGGCCGUGUUCGUCUUCUGCUGGCUGCCUUUCUACGUCUUCAACGUCACCUCGGUGACGGGAACCAUCAGCACCACGCCCAUCCUGAGGAGCACCUUUGCUUUUGUGGUGGCUCUGGGAUACGCCAACAGCUGCGCCAACCCCAUCCUCUACGCCUUCCUGUCGGAGAACUUCAAGAAGAGUUUCCAGAACGUCCUGUGUCUUAAGAAGGUGGGCGGGCUGGAUGAGGCUGAUCGCAGCGACAUCCGGCAGGACAAGUCUCGUAUGAUAAAUGACCCCACGGAGACCCAAAGUACUCUGCUGAACGGGGACCUGCAGACCAGCAUCUGAGAGGGAGGGGAUAGGACUUCUCACCAUACAUAUCUGAAACAAAUAGCAGCCAGCUCUUAUCAGCAUCUCUUAGCUCACAUCGGAGAGGAAGAGGGCAUUAUUACACAAUGGCUUCGCCGAGGAACACGUCCCUUGUUCAGGAGGACAAAACAACAACUUGUCACGCCGCGUCCCUUUUCUAUCUGCCUCUGACACAUUGCUGGGUUUCUCUGGCUGUAAACAAAUCCAUUGUAACGUAAUCAGAAGUUCAUGCAACUGUUUGCUCUACGCUGUGUUUUAAAAUGAGAUCCGUUUGACUGUUUGUUCUCAGUGUAUUGACUCUGAGGUAGAAGACGCACUAACUAACGCCCACUUGCAGACGGUCCCCAGGGUGACAUACAUUUUCCCUGGAGACGCGGGAUUACAGGCAUAGUUUCAGAGCAGAGGGCUGAUGCCAAGUUUCCACAGUCCUAUAGCAGCGUGCUCAUACGCUGGAAAACGACCUCGUCGUUUCUCUGGUUUUGUUCCCGUCUCGUCUGCAAGUUAUUUUCUCUUUUCGACUGUAAAUAAGUGUGCAGAAAAUGGGCAAAGAGACUGUACCAAAAGUCAACGGAUCGAAGCGUCGCUCAGUUUCGAUGCCUACAAUCUGACUUGUAAUGACAGUAAUGUUUGUAUUCUUUUCUCUCUUUUUUUUGACAUUGAUUCUUGUGUUUUGUAGUAGAACAUUCUGAUUCGUGUCUGGCUAAUUUUACCUGUGAAGAAAUAUAUAAAAUGUAAAUGUGAAUAACUGUCACUCGCUGCUCCAACACAGCUACAUGCAUAAUGUAUUUUACAUUAAUGGUGCUGGCCCGAUAUAUACCGAGCCAGCCUCAAACCAAAGUGCUGCUGAGAUGUAUAACACUCGAUGACAAUGUUGAAUCCUAUAAUAUAAAUCAAUACCACUGU